AUGUCCAAAUUUGGAUUUAAGGAAGUUCAACAAUUGUUGGUCACUGGUCCAUCUGGUACUUAUUAUGUAAUUGAAGAUAAUGAUGGAAUUAAGAAUCUUCAAUACUUAUUUUCAAAAGAUUUCAAGGUAAUAAAUUUUUAUGCUAUAGAUGCUCAUGAAUUGAGAGUUUCUGCCACAAAUAUCAUAUAUCAUACUGAAUCAUAUUUUGUGGAUGUUGAAGCUGCUACUGAUUGUGAUUAUAGUGAUGUGGAGGAUGAAACUCCUUAUGAAAUGGGCAACAACUGUGAAAUUGUUGAAUAUAAUGAUGAAGUGCUUCAACGUUAUGAACAUGAAAAAGAGAGAGUUGUGAGUGAUGGACUUGAAAAGUUUAAGGAAUUAGAAAUGGGUAUGACCUUUAAGACUAUUCAAGAAGCUAGGCAGGUUGUUAGCUUUUAUGCUAUGGCUAACAAAAAGAAGUUGAAAACAAAAAAAAGUGAUACAAAAAGAAUUAGGUAUGAGUGUUAUGAUGGUUGUCCCUUUACUCUUCUCAUAUCUAAGGAUGGAAAAUCAGCAACAUUUAAGGUUAAAACAUUGAAGCCUAAGCAUACUUGUGGUGAUUCUUUUGUUAAUCCAUUGGCAACUUAUCAUACCUUGGCGGUUUAUUUUAAGGAUGAAGUUCAAAACAAUCCAAAAUACCCUAUCAAAGACAUGAGAGGAAUUCUUGAAAAAAAAUUCAAGUUGAAUGUCUCAAGAUCCAAACUAAAAAGAGCCAAAACAAUGGCUCUUGAUAAGUUGGAAGGCAGUUUCAAAGAUGACUACAAUAGGCUUGAAGCUUAUGGUCAAGAACUUAGACAAUCAAAUCCAGGAACUGAUGUGGUAAUUAAUAUCUCUAAAGAUGCACUUGAACAAGGCAUAAGAAGGUUUUUGAGAAUGUACAUUUGCUUCAAGGCUUUGAAGGAUGGAUGGAAAAGUUUGAGACCUAUAAUUGGUUUAGAUGGAACAUUUCUCAAAGGAAAAUGUAAGGGGCAACUAUUAGUAGCUGUUGGGCAAGACUCAAUGAAUCAUUUUUACCCAAUAGCUUGGGCGGUGGUGGAAAAGGAAAACACAGGAACAUGGACAUGGUUUAUUCAGUUGUUGAGGAUUUCGUUGGAGCUGAAAAAUGGUGAAAUUGUGACAUUUAUGUCUGAUAUGCAAAAGGGCCUGCUGGAUGCUGUAGCUAAUGUUGUUCCAGAAGCACACCAUAGGUUCUGUGUGAGGCAUAUAGAAUCUAACUGGUGCAAGAAAUGGCGGAGUGGUGAAGAGAAAAAAUUGAUGUGGUGGUGUGCAUGGAGUACCUAUGAAGAAGAAUUCAAAGACACUUUGAAGGUGUUAGGAAAGGUGGAUGAAGAUUCAGCUAGUGAUCUUCUUCAUUUUCCUGUAAUUAAAUGGUGUAGGGCAUAUUUUGAUACUCAAUGUAAGAAUCUAAUGGUAGACAAUAACUUCACCGAGUCUUUUAACAGUUGGAUACUUGAAGCUAGACAAAAACCAAUUAUUAAAAUGCUGGAGGAAAUUAGAGUCAAGGUGAUGAAUAUGUUGGUGAAAAAUGAAAAAAUGGGCAGAAAAUGGCAAAAUGAUAUCAGUCCAACGGCUAUGAAAUUGUACAAUGACUAUUGAUUAAUGGCUACCAAUUGUACAGUUGAGUUCAAUGGAGAUUAUGGUUAUGAAGUGAAAGAUGGAGGCACGGACACACAUACAGUGAAUUUGGAGUUGAAGAAAUGCACUUGUAGAUUAUGGGACUUGGGUGGAAUACCAUGUCACCAUGCCAUCAAGGCACUUUUGCAUAAAAAAACUGAACCAUUGGAAGAGGUUCAUUACUGGUACAGAAAAGAGGCUUAUUUGUUAACAUACAAGCAUAAGUUGCAACCAGUUAGGGGUUCUCAAUUCUGGAAAAUCGACCCUGCUCAAGCAAUGGAACCUCCGGAAAUGGUAAAACUUGUUGGCAGACCCAAGAUGAAAAGAAAUAGAGAAACUGAUGAGGCAAGUUUGAGAAAGGGGGCAUGGAAGCAGUCAAGAAAAGGAACUCUAAUGAGAUGCAACAAGUGUGGUGAUUUUAAUCACAAUGCUAAGGGAUGUUAUAAGGACCAUGAAGACAGUGAAAGUUCACAUGAAAGAAAUAAGAAAGCAAACAGUCAAAAGUCGAGGAGUCGAGCAGGAAAAAACUCUAC